AUGGUGAAACUGGCUGGCCUUGAAGCAGAGAUUGUGGAGUGUUGGCUGAUCGAUCUGUUCUUCUUCAGUACACGUGCUGGAAGCGCAUUCGCAGAGUCAUCACGCACCGUCAUCAUUCAAGAUCACUGGAAGCAACAUUUUCCUUUGGCGACCGCUGCUACCCAACAAUCAGAUUGGUUGUCCGAAGCACAUGUAGCCAAAAGCCAGGAGCCGGUCGAAAUGGCGGCCAUCAGGGAACAUCAUGAGCAUGUCAUGGCUUUUGCCUUUGAGAACGCAGCACUCGGCUUCGACAUCAGUGGAUCAGCUCAUGUAGAGCUCACCGAAUUGGUCAAGAAGAUCUACAAGCUCCCCGACUCGCAUGGUGUCAAUCUGUUAGACGCAAGAAUCUCUUUUCGCAUAGAGCGAGUUCGAAAAACAUGGUACUGGAGGCAGAUAUUAUCGAUGAGAGAAAUGUAUGAAUAUCUAGAUGGGGUUGUGCAUCGCCAUACAAACGCCUGCAAGAACUUCCAGCCUCCGAACCUUGCGAUAUUGCAGAUAAACCCAUUCCUACUCCCUGUAAGUGUCCGUACCAUGGGCACGCUUCUAUGGACAUGGGAGACCCGCAGACAGAAAACGGUACGUGUCACGGUGGGUGACAUGAUUCGUAAUGCUGUCACGCUGCUAGAAGAUCUCAAGAUCGAUGACAAGUUCACGCUCGAGCAGAACAUCAACAUACUCUGGAUUAGCGUAUUAACGAUUGAGAUGAUUGUACGGUUGCGAGGUGUACUGCAACAACGUCUUGUCCUGAAGGCCAUUGCGGACAAGAUGCACAAAGUGCAAAAGAUAUACCUUAUUUAG